CUCUACGACUCCGGCCACGGCGGCCAUUACGGCGCAAGCGCUGCCAUAGCUGCCCAAGGUCAUGCACCGCCGCCAGAGACAUUUACCGGUCACUGGCAGAAUGUGUCGCAAGGUCUGAGUGGACCGUAUAGGGACAUUCUAAAUACCUACUGGCAAAACCAAGUGACAAAACUGGAGACGGAAGAGCACGACUACAAGCUGCAUCAGCUACCUCUGGCCCGGAUAAAGAAAGUCAUGAAGGCCGAUCCUGAGGUUAAGAUGAUCAGUGCCGAAGCACCAAUAUUGUUCGCCAAAGGCUGCGACAUCUUCAUCACCGAACUCACAAUGCGCGCAUGGAUCCAUGCAGAAGAGAACAAGCGACGCACGCUGCAACGGAGUGACAUCGCAUCCGCCCUUGCUAAGAGUGACAUGUUCGACUUUCUCAUUGACAUCGUGCCGAGAGAAGACGCGACCCCAUCUCACAAGCGCAGACCGGAGUACAAUGCGCCCGUGGGUACG